AUGUGGAACAGCAAAGCCCAGCACGUGGAAGCUGCGGAGACAGCUCAAGCUUCCCUUACACUCGGAGUUUGCUGGAGUUUGACGCAGCAACUCGGCGCCCUGGGCCAACUUCGCAUCGAUUGGCCGUCCGAGGUCAAUUCCUUGAUUGUGGCAUUGACGACUUUAGUUGCUUUUGAUUUCACCCCCCUACAGAUGAAUUGCAGUGGGAUUCGCGAUGAUAAGGCCAAAUAUCUGGCAUUGAUUUUGGUCCCAUUCUUUUUUGCCAUAACUUUGAUAUUGUGGUGGGGAGCAGGUUUGGUUUACCAGAAGAUCAGACGGUGUCCAGGGAUGUCUUUCGCGCACACGGUGAACAGUUGGGGGCUGAUUAUGCAGGCGAUGUUCGUGACGGUCGCACUGGCAUCGAUUUCCCCCUUCAGGUGCGAAUCGCACCCGAACGGGGUGUCAACAGUCCUGCACUAUCCUGGAGUGAUGUGCCAGGGGACCGAAUAUACCAUAAUGUUGACUCUCUCGGUCAGCUCUACGCUCCUGUUCGUUGUAGGGCCGACGGCCGCGUGCAUGUGGUGCAUCGCGCAGGCUCCACGGCGUUUUGCCGUUGGCCAAGACGGCUUUUGGGUGGCAACGAGGUUCUUGUUCUGA